UCACUACGGUAAAGGCAUUGACUCUUAAUAGCUGAUAAUACUCAAUUAAUUAUGUCUAUAUAGGUCUUGGGCUAUCAGCUAUCAGUAUAACUCUGACUGCAUUACCGACGGCAUGACUAUUAUAUUGUAUACUUUGUGUUUUGCUGCGUUUGUCGGAGUUCGAGUCGCCGCAGAUAAUGAAAGAAUAUGUUUUUCAAAUAAGUUUAAAUUUGGCGUGGCGACUGCUGCGUAUCAGAUUGAAGGAGCUUGGAAUGUUUCAGGCAAGGGCGAAAGCAUCUGGGACAGGUAUACCCACAACUACCCUGAGCGAGUAUUCGAUCAUCACAAUGGUGACACGGCGGCGGACUCCUACCACCUCUACAAGCGGGACGUCGAAAUGAUGGUGGAGCUUGGCGUGCAGUUCUAUCGGUUUUCCAUGUCCUGGCCGAGGAUCCUACCCAAUGGAUUAAGCAAUGAGAUCAACGAAGACGGCAUCAUAUACUACAAUUUAUUACUGAACGAACUUAAGGCCCACAAUAUAAUACCCUUAGUGACAAUGUACCACUGGGAUCUGCCGCAGACCCUGCAGGACCUCGGCGGGUGGACUAACCCCAUUAUUGCCGAUUAUUUCGUGGAUUAUGCUAGGGUGCUAUUCGAAUCCUUUGGUGACACAGUUGACACGUGGUUAACCUUCAACGAGCCCUAUUCCUUCUGUUACGAGGGUUAUGGUGGUGACGCUGCGCCGGGCGCUAAUGCGAGCGGGUUUGAAGAUUAUCUGUGUGGACACAAUGUACUGAGGGCUCAUGGGAUGGUGUAUAGGAUGUAUCAGCAGGAGUUUGCUGAUACCCAGAAAGGUCACGUGGGUAUAUCACUAGAUUUUGCGUGGCAAGAGCCAGCUACCACGUCUGAAGAGGACCAGCACGCCGCUGAGGUUGUCAGGCAGUUCUUUUUCGGCUGGUUCGCGCACCCAAUAUUCUCACAAGCGGGCGACUAUCCCGCUGUCAUGCGCAAACGCAUAGACUACAUAUCGAAACGGCAACAUUUCCCCCGCUCCCGCCUCCCCACCUUCUCCCCCGAAGAGGUCCGGAUGAUACGUGGAUCAGCCGACUUCCUGGGCCUCAACCAUUACACCACUUACUUGGUGAAGCGAAAUAGAAACAAGAUAGCUCCCCAGCCGUCGUUCAUGACGGAUAUGGGAGGGACGUUGUCGCAGAAACCGGAUUGGCCAAAGUCCAAUUCCACUUGGUUAAAGGUAGUACCCUGGGGUUUCCGGAAAGCUUUAAACUGGGUGAAAGCAGAAUAUAACAACCCAAUAACCAUAAUCACCGAGAAUGGUGUGUCCCUGGAGGCAGGUCUUCAGGACUCCAGGCGGGUGAACUAUCUGGAUGGUUACCUGCGAGCAUUACAUAACGCGAUUUUCAAAGACAAGUGCAAUGUAGUUGGCUAUACUUAUUGGAGCUUGAUGGACAACUUCGAAUGGUUGAGAGGUUUUUCCGAACGAUUCGGCCUAUACGAAGUUAACUUCUGUUCAGCGAAUAAAACACGGACGGCACGCUUAUCAGCUGGUUUUUACUCAAAACUGGCUAAAACCAAAUGCCUUCCUGUGUCGUGGGGCGUGUGAUAUACCGUUGUUUUUAAAUUGAUUAAAGUUUAAGUGAUCGGUGUAAAUAUACGUGAAAGAUAAAUAUGUUAUUUUCA